UACUGAGGUCAGUAGGCUGCCAGAAACAACUGAUUCUCAUGAACUUGAAGAGUGAUGGAGAAAAUCCUCUGAACAAUGAUGAAUUCAGAAGGACUAUUGAUCUCAAUGUGCGCGCCAGUGCCACGGGCGGAGAGGUUGUGAAUACACUUUCCAGCCCGGGAGCCAAAUUGAAGCCUCAAACUCCUUGCAAUGCAUGGAUGUUUGAGUCGAGAUUCCUUCCCAGCCAGACGCUCUCCAGAAGGGAGAGGGCCGAGGCAACAGGAGCAACCUCAGUGACAACAGUGACUUCAAUCACUUCAGCGACUGCAGCAGUGAUGACGAUGACGACGAUGAGGAGUAUCAGGAAAGUGAUGAUGAUGACCAUGUCGCCAGGCGGCCAUGCAAGCGGCGGAAACUCUAGACGCGGCGGUCCUCCAGCAAAUGCACACAGUCUGUCAAGCCUCAGUUGUGAAGAGCAGCCAUCUGUCAUGACUGAUACACAUGUGCCAUUUACCUCAGAGGAUGACAUGCUGCUGAAGAAACUCAAGAAGGACAGCAAGUCAUGGGAUGAGAUCAUCAAGUGCUUCCCGGGCAGAUUCAAGGCAACUCUGCAGGUGCAGUAGUCCACCAAGCUGAAGCAUCACACCCCACUGCCAACUCGCAAGUCAAAGUUGAAGUUGAGGGUGAGAAAACAUGAAUGCUGUUGAGCAAGAAUAUCCCAACAGCUGCUACAAAGAGGCUGCCACAGCUAUACACAUACCCUCCACUUACGGAAAUCUCCCUUUACCGCGGGAUGGAGUGGCCACUUCCGAUGCAUCCCACGCCGGUCUCUCUUCACGGAUUAGGAGUGGCUGGCUGAAAAGGUAGUGAAUCCUGGGAUCCGCGCGCGAGGGGACAGGUCAAUGGGAGAUCGCAAAGGGGGCGGUGGACACGGGAUUGAAAAGUCGAUUGGUCAGGAUCUUCAUCUGUUAUAAUGUGUCAAUAUCAAUUUCAGCCCUGAUUUGUUUCAUACUAUGCCUGUCUUGAUUGUUUUCUUGAUUGCUUCUAUUCCCUUCAUUUGAUCUUCUUUUGCUUCUCAGAUUUCAUUCCAGCUCAGGAGCUCUAUUGAUAUUGCCUAUCACAUUCCCGCUCAAGGUCUACCUGGCCUAUGUCAUGAUAUAGUAUUUUCUUUGUGUGUGUUCCUUUGUUUGUUUGUUUGCUCUUCCCCCUUUUUUCUUUGUUUCUCACUUUGGUUUUUCUUUCAAUCAUUUCAGUUUUGUCUAUUUUGUCUAGCCCCGGAGAAAAGUAUAAAAAGCCUCCCUGAUUCUGGAUAUCCAUAUAUAUAUUCUUAAACUGUAAUAGAUCAUUGACUGGAAUUUCCAUUUGCAUCUCAACAGAAUCCCCGUCGCUCUUCUCACGUG